AUGGCAGUUCCUCAAAAAAUUAAAAACCGAAUUACCAUAGGAACCAGCAAUUCUACUUCUUGGUACAUAUCUCAAGGACUGAAAGCAGAAUCUCAGAGAUGUCUGCACACUCCUGCUCACAGCAGCGGUGUUCACAAUAACCAGGAGGCGGGAGCAACCCAAGUGUCCGUCGAUGAACAAGUGCACAAACAAAAUGCGAAAGAUGAGAGGGAAAACUCCAAGGGAGUCCCUGCGAGCAGAGACGGCUCGCCCAGCCUGCCCCACGCACACCGGGGGGCGGGCAACGCGAGGUCGCCCGUGGGCAGCAGCGGAGGGAAACGCUCCAGCGGCGGCUCCUCUGGGAGCGCAAGCAAGGCCCCCGCAGCUUUCCCUGCGGCGCCUGCCCACGUCACCCGAGCCCCCGGCCCUCCCGCGGCCCCCGCCUUACCGAGCCCCGCGGCCCCGCCGCGCCGCCGCGGCGUCGCUGCGCCCCGCUCGCCGCUCCGUGUCUGCCCUCCGCGGGCGCCGGGCCCGACGCCCUCCUCCUCCUCCUCGCCGCCGCCGCCGCCGAGCACCGCCCGCGCCACGGAGCCUAGCGCCUAG